AUGGGCAGAAAGCACCACUUCCAUCUCCAUGGGUGUAAGGCAGACCCUGUGAUCCUGGAGACACAUAGACAUCCAGGUGCUUCCAGUCCUCUCCACAGUCAGUGUGCCCUUGCAUCUUCACUGGAGUGCUGCCAAUGGCGAGCCCUGGGCUGCAUCUCCUUUGAGCUAUUUGUAGACAAAUUUCUAAAGACAGCAGAAAACUUCCAUACUCUGAGAACUGGGGAGAAAGGAUUUGGUUAUAAAGGUUCCUGCUUUUACAGAUUUAUUUUGGGAUUUAUGUGCCAGGGUGGUGACUUCACGCACUAUAAUGGCACAGGCAGAAAGUCCAUCUUUGAGGAGAAAACUGAGGAUGAGAAUUUUAUCCUGAAGCAUACAGGUCCUGGCACCUUGUCAAUGGCAAAUGCUGGACCCAACACAAUGGUUCCCAGAUUUUCAUCUGGGAAGAUUGAGUGGUUGGAUGGCAAGCAUGUGAUCUUCAGCCAGGUGAAAGAAGGCGUGGAUCCUAUGGUAACCAUGGAGUGCAUUGGGUCCAGAGAUGGCAAGACCAGCAAGAAGAUCACCAUUGCUGACUGUGGACAACUCUAA